ACGUGCUACGGCAUAUAAUUUGAAUGAAAACCGUUCGUUUUGAAUCAUUUUUACCCUUGUGGAAAAUUUGUUUAAAAAAAAUAUAAUCAGCUUAUAAAAGUUUCAAUCGUAUAAAAGUUUAACAAGCAAACCAAGGAAGAAAAAAUUAUAGUGAAAACCAAGUUCAUUCAAAAGAGAUUGUUCUAUGUGAUUCUUUAUUCUCUACCCACAUACUGUGAAAAAAUUGUCCGAGAAAGUUCUUAACGGAUUUAAAGAAAGUUUAAAAAAUAAAGUCUUUAACAACAAACUCAUUUCUGUAAAACUUUUUGUGCAUUGAUGCAAAAUUGAACAAAAAAAUAAAUAAACAUAAUUAAAAGUAUUCAGUUUGCAUUAAGAAACCAAGGGAAUUUUAAUGGCGCUUGAGCGACAAUAACUGUAGAAAAAUUACAAUAAUCAACAUGUGUGGGAAUCCAAUCAUCAAUUUUUUGCUUUGCAUUUUUAUGGUAACAGCUCUUUAUAUUGGCAAGGUGCACGCUGAAUACGAUUUAAAUGAUUUGUCCGCAUGCGAGCAGGAACAGAUUGCACGACAAAUAUUUUAUCCGAAAAGUGGAUAUGAAAUGCAUGCCAACGCACUGAGGAAUCAGUUGAAACAAAUCAUAGAAAAUUACCUAAUUGCAAAUGAUGGUAUUCAGUAUGUGGAUGAUGAUAAUCAACCCACUUAUGAUAGCAUCGAUUUGGAUGCAUUAGAAAAGCAUGCGGCUGCUGUUCUAAAAGGUAAACGCAAUGUGGCGGCAAUGGCACGUUUGGGUCUAAUGCGUGAAGCGACCAAACGUUCUCUUGCCAAUUUGGCAAAAAAUGGUCAGCUUCCCUCGCGUGAAACUGAUGAUGAUGAUUCGACCCCAUGGAAUAAUGGUAAGAGAAACAUUGGAUCAAUUGCACGUGGCGGUUCAUUGAAUGGUAAACGAAAUGUUGGAGCCUUGGCCAGAGAUUUUCUUUUACCACCAAAUGGUAAGCGAAAUUUACCGUCUAUCCUUCGAUCGGGAGGUGGAAGUAGCACCAGCAGCACACAUGGUCCACAUCAACCCAAACGAAAUGUCGCUACAUUGGCACGAGACAAUCUACUUCCAUACUAUCAACAAAACAAGAAUGAGAAACGUGACGUGACUGCAGCCAAUAAAAAACAUUUAAUGGAAGAAAAACGCAACAUCGGCUCUGUGAAGAAUUCACAAGGUACAAUCAAAGUGAAACGGGACACGUCCUACGAUGAUUUUCCCGACGAAAGUGAAAUUGAUGACGCUUAUCAAGCCGCUCCAUUCAAUUACAAUGACUUGAAUGAACUCUAUGCGUACUAUGGAAUGCCAGAUAUCUCAAAUGAAAAACGUUUUCUAGGUUCGAUAGUUAAUGAUGGAUGGUCAUCAUAUGCAUAUCGUUCGCCAUCUCAAAAACGAAAUAUUGGUUCAUUAGCUCGUCAGGGUUUGUUGCGUUCCGAUGUCAACAACUAUUUAAAUCAGAAACAGUAUCGGCAACAGAGUGAAAAUUUAUAUGAAAAACGCCAUCUUGGUGCAUUGGCACGAUCUGGAUGGUUGCCAGCAUUUCGAUCGAUUCGUGGAGGCAGAUUUAGCCGAUCGGGCAGGGCGAGGUCUCGAAUAGACGGAUUUUACCACCAACCAGAGCGACAGCAACAUCUUCAACCAAUCGAAACCGCCGGUUGUGAACGAUGUAGACAGCAACAGCAUUCAAUUCUUUCAAACACCAUAAGUUGGGCAGCGCCGGGCUUAUCGCAAAUUUGGGGAACACCGUCCAAAUUAAAAGCGAUACAACAGCGUAGCUUUCGAGGUCCUUUUCAUCCAAAUGAUGAAUUAUUUUAAUUAUCUUCAAACAAACACAUACACACACAAACAAACAAACAAAAUUUCCAAUUAAAUAGUGCUAUAAUCAUUAGAUUUUCUACUUUCAAAAUUUGAUCUUCCGAUAAUCAUGACAUUAUGAUGAUGCCCACUCAACAGCAUCUUACACCAUGACAAUAAUAUCAACAUUCAAUUUUACGAUAAUAUCACGCUGAUAAAAUCAAACGUAAGCUUUAAACAAAUAAUGUUUUAUUGAAAGAAGAAAGAAAGAAAAAAUGAAAGAAAGAAACAUAUAUCGAAUCCAAUUUACAAUCAAAAUAAACACGAUUACGCCUGACAAUAAAUAAGUACUAUAUAGACAAUUUUGAUCAACUGUGUAUAUUCCACACAACUACAUAAAGAAACAUAUUCGAAACCAGUGACAAUUUAAUAUACUUGAAAUAAAUAAUGAAGGAAGAGAAAAAUGACAAAGAAAAAAAUAUAUAUAUAUAUUAAAGUUAAACUCAGUGUAUAUGUUAAUCAAUGUAAAACAACUCAAACCGUUUUAAAUGAAAUAUUAAUAUAUGUUUUGAUUCUAACAUUCAAUAGAAAAAAAUCACAGAGUUAGAUAGAAAGAGAAGGAAAAAUGGAUACAUAUUUUUUGAAAACACAUCAUUAAAUAGAGUUGAUGAUGAUAUUUUUUGAUGAAAUGUUUAUAAAUAAUGAUGUCGAUCUUAAUUGCCAUCAUACAUCGAAACCAACGGCAUAAUUUAUUUUUGAAUGAACGCAUUUCGCAUGGAUAACAUUUUUUAUGAAUGAUUGGCUGGAUUAUUUAUGCGAAUGUGUGAAUGGAAUAAGUUCAAAUUAGUUACAUUUCUUGGAGAAUAUUGUUUCAUUCUGAUAUACAUAUUUGUGCAAACUGACAAUAAAAAUCAUAUAUAAACUAUUAAAUCUAUACCGAAAAGUUACGAUAUAUUUCAUUUAUUCGUAAUUUUCAAAUUGAAUAUAAGCUGAUUGUGACAAUAAAUUUUCAUAUCAAAAUUCUUUGAAGCUCACUUUACCUUUCAUCUUCUAUUUAAGAGUGAAUACUUCGAAAGUUGUUUAAAAAAGAUGUGUAUG